GCUGUCAAAAUCACGUUUGAACUUUGAAUUUUAUAGGUUAAAUUUGCAAAAAUAAUAAAAUAAUUAUUAAUGUGAACGUAAUUUAUUUAAACAAACUUAUAACAAUAUGUCAAAGAAAAUAAAGACUAUGAAAUGGCAAUCGGUUGCGCUUGAAGGCCUUCCUAUUGCUAAUUCCGAUAAGUUCGAGGGAUUUGUAGGCUUAGAAGAAUGCACCGAUUAUGGUAUGGAUAAGGGAAAUAAAACACCUAAAAAGAAGAAACCCGCAAAGAAGAGAAAAGCUUCUGAAAAUAAGAACAUAGAAAAGGAGAAUGCUGUUCCAAAUAAGAAAAUUAAGCUCAGCAAUGGCUUCAUGGUAGAAUCUUGUGAAGCUGUUACCCCGUCUUUAACCAAUGACGCUGAGAAGCCCAAGAAAAAGAACAAAAGACGGAAAAAUAAGAAGAAUAAGAAAAAAACAGAUGAUGAAGCCAAACAAAAACCAGAUAUAAAACCUAAAGACAAUAAUAAGAAGCAAAAAGUUAAAUUGGGUGAAACUCAGAAUGAAAGUAAAAACACAUUAACUGCAGAAGAUAUGUUGUCAUGGGCCGAGUUUAAAUUACCGGAAGAAAUAAUAAAAGCGUUAAUGGAGUUAGGUUUUAAACAACCAACAAAAAUACAACAAUUAUCACUACCAGCUGCUAUUCAUGGUAGAAGAGAUAUCUUAGGUGCAGCUGAAACUGGUAGCGGAAAGACAUUAGCAUUUGGUCUUCCAAUAUUAACAGGCAUACUAAAACUAAAAGAAAAAGCAGCGUUGAAAAAUCUAGAUGUAUAUGAUAUACCAUUUAGAAAGCCCUCAGUGAAAAAACAGGCUAAACCUGAAGAGAGUAAAGUUAAGAAGAAUAAAAGAAGUAAGAAGAAGAAUUUACAGGAAAAGGAAAAUAAAGAAUCAUCCGAAGAUGGUUAUGGCAGUGGCCCUGAUAGCAAUGAAGAUAGUGCAGAAAAUGAUCCUCCAAAUGAAAGUAAUGAUGUUACUAAUGAUGAUAAUGACAGUGAUGAUGCAAUUAAUGACGCUACAGAUGAUGAGAAUGACAGUGGUGAUGAAAAUGAUGACAGUGAGGCAGAUAAUGAUUCAAAUGAUGAUUUCCUGGAAGAAAUAGAUGUACCAUUGCGGAAACGAGAGGAAUCUGCAGAUGAGGGCAAUGAUAGUGACAGUGAAUAUGUACAUUUGUCGGAAAUGCUAGAUUCUGAUGAUACAGCAUCUAGUGAUGGUGAUGAUGAUGAUGAAGAUGAACGUUUGAGUAUUGAUGAACAAGAUGGUGUUGAUGAAGUGGACGCUGAAAGAACAGGAAUUGGUUGUGUGAAAGUACUAGAUGACAUAAACAUAUCAAGUCAGACAAUUGUGAAAACGGGCAAGCCAUUGUACGCAUUGAUUUUGACGCCCACCCGAGAACUCGCUAUUCAGAUCAGCAGGCAUUUGAUUGCAGUGGCUAAGUAUACUGGUAUAAAAGUAGCCACCAUAGUAGGUGGUAUGGCAGCGGUGAAACAAGAGAGAGUCCUCCGUUCCGGUCCGGAGAUAGUUGUAGCGACCCCUGGCAGGUUAUGGGAGCUAGUGAAUCAGGGUGAACCGCACUUGCAACAACUGGCGUCUGUUAAAUUCCUAGCCAUAGACGAAACGGAUCGUAUGAUAGAGCGGGGUCACUUUGAAGAAUUAGAACCACUAUUGGAACGUCUAAAUAUAGACGAGACACAUAAAAACUCGAGACAGAACUUUGUGUUCUCCGCUACGCUCACUUUGAUACACGAUUUGCCGUCACAUAUGAAAGGCAAGAAGGUAACAAAACGAGGUAAGAUAAUAAACCGUAAGGUAGAGAAGAUGACGUCACAGCAGAAGAUCAAGCGACUGGUCACUAUGGUGGGAAUGUCUGAUCCUAAAGUUGUUGAUAUCACUACACAGAAUUUUGGCACAGCGGAAACGUUAACAGAAUGUAGAAUAGCAUGUUCGCUGGAUCAAAAAGACGCAUACGUGUACUAUAUACUGAAGAGACAUCCCGGUAGAACUAUCGUGUUUUGUAACUCCAUUAAUAGUGUUAAGAGAUUAGCUCAAAUUCUUUCUCUGCUGAAAUGCCGUCCGUUGCCACUACACGCGAGUAUGCAGCAAAGGCAGAGGUUGAAAAAUCUUGAAAGGUUCCGUGACGACUCUCAAGGAGUUCUAAUAGCAACAGAUGUCGCUGCAAGAGGUUUGGACAUACCCAAUGUGGACCAUGUUAUACACUAUCAAGUGCCUAAAACUGCUGAGAAUUACGUGCAUCGCAGCGGACGCACAGCUCGCGCUAACAAGGAAGGCUUGACAAUUCUAAUGAUGGAACCGGCAGAGGCGUAUAAUUAUGCCAAAUUAUGUCGCACAUUGAAUAAAACAUCCGAGAUACCCUCAUUCCCAGUACCAUCCGAUCACAUAUCAGUACUAAAGGACAUGAUCAAUCUGGCCCGUGAGAUAGAAACAUUAGAGUUGCGCAGACGCAGGAUAAGCGCAGCGGUCGGGUGGAGGGAGAAAGUGGCCAAUGAAAUGGACAUGAUUGUUGAUGAUGAUGAUGUUCCGCAAACCAAAAUGGAUCCCGGCUUAGAUAAAGCGCUAAAUGCUAAAAAGAAACAGCUAGACGCACUAAUGUCUAGGCCGAUAUUCCCGAAAGGAUUCUCCUUCAAAUAUCCCACUUUGAACGACCCUAAUGCUUUGGAACCAGUUAGUGAAGAAAAUGCGUUACAGGUUAUGAAGAAAGCAUUACAAACGGGAGUAUUGAAGAAGAAUAAGAGGAAAGGAAAGAAUCAGUCGCUGUUGCAGUUAGAAAAGGAAUUUAAAAAUAAAUGAUGAUUUUUAUAUUUUA